AUGUCAUCACAAAGCUCUGAAUACCAGACAAGUGAUUCAAUGAGUUUAAUUGACAAUAUGCAAAUUAAAGAGGAGGAAACUAAUGAGUUAAUAUUAGAUAUUAAACCAGAGAAAGAAGAUAUUAUUAGUGAUGAUAAUCCAUUUGAAAAUGUUCAAGUAGAAGUUAAGGAGGAAUUUAUAACACCAAACUGUGAAGAUGAUAAAGAAAAUAUGUCUAUACCUGUUGAUGAGGCUGAAAAUUUUAUAGUAACAGAAAUUAAUGAUACAAAUUUAGAUGAUAGUGUAAAAAUGGAAAUGCCAUAUGAAUAUCCAAGUAUUGAUGAUGGAAGUAUGGACAGUGAGGAGGCCACUGCUCUCAAUAAUGUUGAAGCUUGUUUACAAGAUGAGAUUAAUAUAAAACAUGAAAUCUAUGAGGAGCAGUCCAAAGAGGACAUCGAUAAAAUAAUCAAAGAAGAAAUGGACAUAACAGUCACUGAAACACAUUUAAUAUCAAACAAAGUAAUCAAUACCACAUCAACUAUAACAAACCCUCAAGAUGGACUUAUGCAGUCACAAACAACUAAAACUUUAGUCAUGGAAAUUCACCCAAUGGGCGGAGUGACAUUAGGCAGGAUGGGAAACCCUGAAGAAAUAUUGCCAACAUUCAACUCUGAAUAUGACAAAGCUUCAGAGUAUGAUGAGUCUUUCCAACUCAAUUCAAUAACUGGAAAUGUACUAUCUUUAGAGCAAGACGCAUAUGGUCUUCUUAAAGCAGAUCACUGCACAGAAAAAAGAUACAAUUGCCAUAAAUGCGACAAGUCUUUCAAGAAAUCCAGCUAUUUAAAAGGUCAUAUGAGAGUGCAUACUUCAAUAGAAAAUCGUGCCAUGGGUCUAAUCAAAGGCUUGAAAACGCGAAUGGCAAAUAUGAAGAAAAAAAUAUGCAAAGAUAUCAAAGAAGAGGUAAAAAAUAUAGGUGAUACUUUCAAAAAGAACUCUCGACUUGAGAUAUUGGAAAAUCGAACUCGUGUUAAGGAAGAAGUGAAAAAAGAAGGCUACGAAUGCACUUGCGGCGAAGUUUAUAAGCGGAAAAAACUGAGAUUGUCACUUAAAUCAUUCAAAAUGUCAUCACAAAGCUCUGAAUACCAGACAAGUGAUUCAAUGAGUUUAAUUGACAAUAUGCAAAUUAAAGAGGAGGAAACUAAUGAGUUAAUAUUAGAUAUUAAACCAGAGAAAGAAGAUAUUAUUAGUGAUGAUAAUCCAUUUGAAAAUGUUCAAGUAGAAGUUAAGGAGGAAUUUAUAACACCAAACUGUGAAGAUGAUAAAGAAAAUAUGUGUAUACCUGUUGAUGAGGCUGAAAAUUUUAUAGUAACAGAAAUUAAUGAUACAAAUUUAGAUGAUAGUGUAAAAAUGGAAAUGCCAUAUGAAUAUCCAAGUAUUGAUGAUGGAAGUAUGGACAGUGAGGAGGCCACUGCUCUCAAUAAUGUUGAAGCUUGUUUACAAGAUGAGAUUAAUAUAAAACAUGAAAUCUAUGAGGAGCAGUCCAAAGAGGACAUCGAUAAAAUAAUCAAAGAAGAAAUGGACAUAACAGUCACUGAAACACAUUUAAUAUCAAACAAAGUAAUCAAUACCACAUCAACUAUAACAAACCCUCAAGAUGGACUUGUGCAGUCACAAACAACUAAAACUUUAGUCAUGGAAAUUCACCCAAUGGGCGGAGUGACAUUAGGCAGGAUGGGAAACCCUGAAGAAAUAUUGCCAACAUUCAACUCUGAAUAUGACAAAGCUUCAGAGUAUGAUGAGUCUUUCCAACUCAAUUCAAUAACUGGAAAUGUACUAUCUUUAGAGCAAGAAGCAUAUGGUCUUCUUAAAGCAGAUCACUGCACAGAAAAAAGAUACAAUUGCCAUAAAUGCGACAAGUCUUUCAAGAAAUCCAGCUAUUUAAAAGGUCAUAUGAGAGUGCAUACUUCAAUAGAAAAUCGUGCCAUGGGUCUAAUCAAAGGCUUGAAAACGCGUAUGGCAAAUAUGAAGAAAAAAAUAUGCAAAGAUAUCAAAGAAGAGGUAAAAAAUAUAGGUGAUACUUUCAAAAAGAACUCUCGACUUGAGAGAUUGGAAAAUCGAACUCGUGUUAAGGAAGAAGUGAAAAAAGAAGGCUACGAAUGCACUUGCGGCGAAGUUUAUAAGCGGAAAAUAAGAAUGUUGAGUUGUCUAAGGUCACACGAUGAAUGUAAAGACGCAGAUUUUUGUUUUUCUUGCAUUUCUUGUUCCAAGCAGUUCAAAGACAUAAAUGAGUUAACACUACACAGAAAACGACUCCAUAGAAAGCGGUUUCCCUGUAAAUUUUGUCCUACAGAUUACAGUACAAGGAAGGAACUAUUCAAGCAUCUCCAAAUACAUCAGAAAGUGCAGCUUAUGGAGUACAAAGUUAUAUCAGAAGUAGUAAAAGGGAAGCAGGAGUUAAAAUGUUUUAUGUGCUCGAAAAGCUUUUCAGACCUAUCAGAAUUAAAAUCUCACGUAAUGGACGACCAUAAAGAGCCCUAUAUUUGUCCGCAUUGCAAUGGAAAAUUCGUAAAAAUCAUUGAUUUUGGCAAUCAUACAAAGACGUACCACCCCGAAGUCGAAGGUCAAUCUGUUUUGGAUGUGCUCGAAGCGUUCUCAAAAUUGGUUCAGGCUUGGAAAUGUGAGGAGUGCAAUCUACAAUUUCACGAAGCGGAUAAGUUUGCGAAACACCAAGUCGAAAAUCAUAGUCCAGAUUUGAAAGCAAAAGAACAGUUCCAAUGUACUGAUUGUAGACGAGUUUUUGUAAGUCAAAAAGGAUUGACGUCCCACAAACGGAUACAUCACAGCACUGGCAGUACAGAAGAAACUGAGUCGGUAGAAAAGGGUGUGAUGUGUGUCGAGUGCAGGAAGAUAUGUAAGGAUAUGAACGCGUUAACCUCACAUAUGCGUCUACAUUCACUGGACCGAAAGUACCCUUGCAAAUUCUGUGACUUUAGAUUCGCAACCCCAGAAAAGAGAAAAGCUCACGCAGAACUACACACAGGAGAUAUGAAAUAUGUUUGUUUCAUAUGUGAAUAUCAGUGCAGUUCUGAGAACAGAUUGAAGCAACAUAAAAUGUCUUUGAAACAUUUGAAUAUGAAAGAGUUUUUACUAACUGGGAAGCCAUUAAUUGAAGAGCAGUCGACAUCUAAAAAAAGUGAUAAAAAAAGUGAUGAAAAAGAGAAAAAAAGAAAACAUAGUAGUUCUUCAUCAGGUGAUGAGAGGGAAUCAACUUGUGAUGUAUGCGGUGAUAAGUUCCCGAGUGAAGAGUACAUGUUGAAACACAAACAGACACACCCUUUCAUUGAAUUCCCCAAUGAAGACACACCUACUAGAAUAUUCUUUAAG